UGCUCUGCAGGCAGCAGCAGGCUGGGCAGGGCGGCUCCGAGGACCGCAGUCAGUGAGCGCAGCCGCGGCGGAGAAAGAGGAUACAGACACGGAGGACUACCGAGCAGGACCACCGUGACACCGCCUGUGAACAGCGCGGAAACACACCGGGGGUCUUCGUUUUUCCUUCCCAUGUUUCUGUAGAAGCAGCUUUCCUGCUCCUUUCCUCUGCGUCGAUCACCAUGACGGCUGAAGAAACCAUAAAUGUGAAGGAGGUGGAGAUCAUCAAGGUGAUCCUGGACUUUCUCCACUCCAGGAAGCUGCACAUCAGCAUGUUGGCUUUGGAAAAAGAGAGCGGCGUCAUCAAUGGACUCUACUCAGACGACAUGUUGUUCCUCAGGCAGCUGAUCCUUGACGGCCAGUGGGAUGAGGUCCUCCAGUUCAUUCAGCCCCUUGAGUGUAUGGAUAAGUUUGACAGGAAAAGAUUUCGCUACAUCGUCCUGAAGCAGAAGUUUCUGGAGGCUCUGUGUGUAAAUAAUGCCAUGUCAGCAGAAGAAGAGCCGCAGCAUCUAGAGUUCACCAUGCAGGAAGCCGUGAAGUGUCUCCACGCUCUGGAAGAGUUCUGCCCAUCCAAAGACGACUACAGCAAACUGUGCUUGCUGCUGACAUUGCCUCGACUCACCAACCACGCUGAGUUCAAAGACUGGAAUCCCAGCACAGCCAGGGUGCAGUGCUUUGAGGAGGCCUGCAACAUGGUGGCAGAGUUUAUCCCUGCAGACAGGAAACUGAGCGAGGCUGGUUUUAAGGCCAGCGGGGAUCGACUUUUUCAGCUGCUUCUUAAAGGAGUUCUGUAUGAAUGCUGUGUGGAGUUCUGUCAGAGCAAGGCGACGGGAGAGGAGAUAACCGAGAGCGAGGUCCUUCUGGGUGUGGACAUGCUGUGUGGUAACGGCUGCGAUGAUCUGGACCUGUCGCUGCUCUCCUGGAUGCAGAACCUCUCCCACAGCGUUUUCACCUGCGCCUUCGAACAAAAGCAGCUUAAUAUCCACGUCGACCGCUUGGUCAAGCCGGCUAAGACCGGUUACGCCGACCUCCUUACGCCGCUCAUCAGCAAGCUCUCCCCGUACCCUUCCUCUCCCCUUCGUCGACCUCAGUCUGCAGACACCUACAUGUCCCGGUCAUUGAACCCAGCGCUAGACGGGCUGUCCUAUGGUUUGUCAGGCCAGGAUAAAAGGGCGAGCGGCGGGGACAUAGUGCCAGGAAAAGGGGUCUCUCCAAUGUCUCACUCGUUUGCAAACUUCCACUAUCCAGGAGUAGGUGGACAGAAUCUGAGCAGGAGCCUCAUGAUGGAAAGCUCUGAAUGCCACAGCAUCUUUGAGGAGUCCCCAGAAACAUCCAGAACUGACACGCCUGUAGAUAAGAUGUUGAGCUCUGGUGGAGCUCAGAACAUGCGGCCUGCCUCUGCGCCAGGCGAGGAAGCACCGACAGUCGGCUCUGCUGACAGGAAUGAGUUACACGACUCAACGGAGAAGUAUGAGGAGUACUACCGGCAGCGACUUCGGGUGCAACAACAUCUGGAACAGAAGCAGCAGCAGAGGCAAAUGUACCAGCAGAUGCUUCUGGAGGGAGGGGUCCAGCAGGACCCCCCACCCAGUGACAUGCAGCACAGCCUCACAGAGAAGUUCCUGAACAGGUCCAUCCAGAAGCUGGAGGAGCUUAAUGUGGGGAUGGAGAACCUGGGAGAGGAGGUGAAAUCUCUGACCCAGCAGUGCAAUGGGAACACGCCCGCCUCAGAGGAGAACAACAACCCCCAAUCUGUGACUCCUGAGCAGAACCGGAGCCGAGGGGGAGGGGUGGUCAGCAGCACCCCGCACCGCGGCGAAGGGGGGCGCACCGUCCCACCUCCAAAUGAGUCCCCUGUGGUCUCAAGUGGUCAGAAAGGGAAAGGUCAUCCCAGCGACUCUCCUGGGUCUCUAUCUCGGAGUAAAGAGGAUGAUCAACCAAAAAGCCUGUUUGUACCAGUGCACACCCUGGAGGACUCCCAGGCUGUCCGAGCCGUCGCCUUCCACCCGUCUGGUGCUCUGUACGCGGUGGGGUCCAACUCUAAAACACUGCGAGUCUGCGCCUAUCCAGAGAAACUUAUCCCGAGCGGUUCGAGCCCAAUUAAGCAGCCGGUGGUUCGCUUCAAGAGGAACAAACACCACAAAGGCUCCAUCUACUGCGUCGCCUGGAGUCACUGCGGACAGCUGCUGGCCACAGGCUCCAACGACAAAUACGUCAAAGUCCUGCCUUUCAGCGCAGAGACAUGCAACGCCACAGGACCGGACUUGGAGUUUAGCAUGCAUGAUGGUACCAUCAGAGACCUGGCCUUCAUGGAGGGCCCAGAGAGUGGAGGGGCCAUUCUGAUCAGCGCUGGAGCAGGAGACUGUAACAUCUACACCACGGACUGCCAGAGGGGACAGGGGCUGCACGCGCUCAGUGGACACACAGGUCAUAUCCUGUCUCUGUACACGUGGGGAGGCUGGAUGAUUGCUUCGGGCUCUCAGGAUAAGACGGUGCGUUUCUGGGACCUCAGAGUGCCCAGCUGUGUGCGAGUGGUGGGAACGGCGUUCCACGGAUCAGGCAGUCCUGUUGCCUCGGUAGCGGUCGAUCCAAGUGGGCGUCUCCUAGCGACAGGACAGGAAGACAGCGCAUGCAUGCUGUAUGACAUAAGAGGAGGUCGGAUCGUCCAGGUGUACCGGCCGCACACGAGUGACGUGCGGUCCGUCAGGUUUUCCCCCGGAGCACGCUACCUGCUCACCGGUUCCUAUGACACAAAGGUCAUGGUCUCCAACCUUCAAGGUGACCUGACCAAACCGUUGCCCCAGACUGUAGUAGGAGAGCAUGGCGACAAGGUGAUUCAGUGUCGAUGGCACACACAGGACCUGUCCUUCCUCUCAUCUUCUGCUGACCGCACCGUCACUUUGUGGACACAAAACCCUUAAUUCAAACCAGAUGGAAAAGAUGUGCAUUAAAACCUAAACCGAUGCUUCUCUACUUUUAAGAACGAUCACAUCCAAUCAUUCCUGAACCUUUCCGUUUGACGUGCAAAACUAAUAUGGGUAAAACACCGGGCACAUCAGAAGCACAUGCUGCAUGUUCCAUAUACCGGUAGUCCCCCAGGGUUAGAACAGAGUUAUUUUCCUUCUAUUCCUAAACCGAACGAGUCGUCCUGUUUUUUUUUUUUUUUGUUACUCUCUGCAUACAAAAGUUUCCUUCUGCAUGUCCCUCUCAUUUUAUUUAUUUUUCUAUGAUGGUGCCUUUUCAGUCUCCAUAACUAAAACAAACACUAUGGUUAUUUAAAAAGAAAAAUUCUACAUUCCUCGUCUUACAUAUCGUAAUCAGCCGCAGUAAAGCUGCAUUUGUUAAAGUGGAGAAAAGCCGAUGUAACCUGUACCGUUUUAUGUGCGAGUUGGGAGCUAUUAUACCAUCUGUGGGGAUUUGAAACAUGGUUGUAUCCAGUGCAUUGCUGCAGCGCCGAAUGUGUAAAUUAGCUGUUUUUUUAUUUUUAUUUGAAUUCAGUGUUUUUAUCAAGCUAACGCUUAUAGCUAAUGUCUAGCAGUGGCUUGCUUGCAUUGAAGGACCUUUAAUAUUCAGCAUCCAGGAGAUGUACAGUGUUCAGAUUUCAGUUGCACAUCCUUACAGGCGUUUUCCAGUGGUAAGCUUUGGUUUCUAUGCUGCUGUUGUUGUAGUGUAUUAACAGUAGGUGUCGGUCUUGGUCUAACCAUAUGCACAAUGACAUCUGGAUGGAAGCACGGGUGUUUGGAUUAUUUAUUUAGGGCAUAUGCUUUGUUUUUAUAUAUUUUCAUUAACACUGUAUUUUAUCUGUCAGAUUAACUUAAAGAUCGAUAUUUAAGUUUUUUCAUGUUAUAGAGUAUAUUGUUUUCAGACAUGAGGCCAAACUAACGCAUAGAUGUAUUUAUUUCAGUGUUUCUGUAUGUAUGUACAGUUUGUUUUUUGAAAUGCUAGCAGCUCUUAAAUUAAACCUUUCUAACUCUUGUUUUUAAAAUGUAACUUAAAUGAACUAAGGCUUGAUGAGGUCAGAGUGCUGGUACGUUCAAUAAAGUGUCUUUUACACAAAACAA